ACAAGCCGAUCCCAGAUCCAAUUAUACGACCUAAUUAGUAGGGUUUCUUAUCGUUGCUCGACAGCCAGUGCGCAAGAAAAAGCUGCAUCGCAAACAUUCGCGACGUCUCAUCCGAAGCGAGGAGCGUCGAGCGCGACAGAAACGAAAACGGCGCAGGACUUCGUAUUGUCUCUCCUGCGGCCGUCUGCAGGGACUUCAUUAACCGCCAGCUGGAUGUUUACUCAGUCUCUGUGAGCUCUUUCAACCGUACAUCACACAAUGUGUCUCCAAAUAAUACACACGUGAAAACAUAAUAUUUGAGCAAUAUGGCUGAAAAAUUAUAUGAGUAUCAAGGCAUAACUGGUCGUUGGCAUACGUUUAAGGAUAAUCUCCGAGAAAAGUUUGCUAGUUAUAAGGAGGAUAACUCUGAUGGAUUAUUGGCGAGUGUUAGAAAAAAGUGUUUUGGAGUUCCACAACCUGGUGAUACGAUCACUGAAGAACAUGCACACGUUUUCAGACAAAAAUCUCGCACGGAUUUGAUUCGUAUCUCUGCGGCAGUGAUGGGAAUUGAGUUUUCAUACGCUGCCGAAACGGCGUUUGUGUCGCCAACUUUGCUCAAAAUCGGUGUUGAGCAUAAGCACAUGACCCUAGUAUGGGCCUUAAGCCCUUUAAUUGGAUUUUUUCUCACACCAAUUUUAGGAUCGCUGAGUGAUAAAUGUCCGUUGAACAUUGGCAGACGCAGACCGUUUAUUUUCUGUAUGUCCUUAGGUGUUCUACUGGGCUUGCUACUUGUGCCAAACGGCGAGGAUAUUGGUUAUGCACUUGGAGAUCCUUAUUACAAUACUAGUGUUACACAAAUAGUUUCACAUCGAACUUCCGCUACAUCUGAGAAUAAUAUUGAUGAUAAUACUAAUCAUCCAAAUAGUCAUCCGUGGGGUGUGUUGUUUACUAUUUUGGGUACUGUCUUAUUGGAUUUUGAUGCUGACGCAUGUCAAAGUCCCGCGAGGACCUACCUCUUGGAUGUCACCGUCGAAGAUGACCACGCAAAAGGAUUAAGCACUUUCACGAUAAUGGCUGGCCUUGGAGGAUUCUUUGGAUAUGCAUUAGGAGGCAUUAAUUGGGAUGUCACCACCAUUGGAAUUUUAUUGGGCGGUCACGUACGCGCAGUUUUCACACUCAUCACAAUCAUUUUUGUCGUGUGCGUGACGCUGACGCUGACAAGCUUCAAGGAAAUCCCGCUCCAGCUAUUGGAAAGCCAUCAACUAGAGAAUUUGCAUACGAACGGUCCCGGCUACGGCAGUCUCUCCCCUGCUCCAACCGACGGGAACAAUGAGAAUUGCAAAGAAACGGCUUUUAAUGAAAGUGAAGGCGUUGCAAUGGGAAGUGUUGAAAAUGAGAUUUCUGGCAAUAGAAAACGAAUAAUGAAGCAACAGUCGAGUAUUAUCGUUCAUCCAGAUGCGUCCCUUGUGACGUAUUUACAGAGCAUUGUCUGUAUGCCGAGAAGUUUGAAAAUUCUCUGCUUGACAAAUUUAUUCUGUUGGAUGGCGCACGUCUGCUACUCGCUGUAUUUUACUGAUUUCGUUGGAGAGGCAGUUUUUAAUGGAUCACCAACCGCACCGGAAGGAAGUGAAAGUAGAGAGUUGUACGAAGAUGGAGUUCGUUUUGGUUGUUGGGGUAUGUCGAUGUAUUCACUAUCAUGUGCUUGCUACUCAUCUGUUAUUGAAAAACUAAUUAAGAAAUAUGGUGCCAAACGUGUGUACGUUGGAGGAUUAUUGGUUUACUCUUCCGGCAUGUGUCUGAUGGCAUUAACCAAGCAUAAAGUUGGUGUAAUCAUAUUUAGUUGGACUGCCGGAGUAAUGUAUUCGACAUUAUUCACCAUGCCGUAUCUACUGGUCGCGCAUUAUCACACAACCGGGACAUUUGAACUAAAUCAAGAAGGGAUCGGAGUCAUAGGUGGGCAGGUACGAGGUUUGGGUACUGACAUUGCAAUCGUCUCUAGUAUGGUUUUCCUGGCCCAAUUUAUACUCUCACUCUGUAUGGGCACGAUUGUGGUCGUCACCGGCACUACGACUGCCGUGGUGGCUGUCGCUAGUAUGCUAGCGUUUUGUGGGGCUUUGAGUGCCACUCAAGUCAUGUACUUGGAACUAUGAACGAGUGCACUUCGUCUAAUUGUUCGUUGAUAAUUGUGUUUGAGUGUCUGAUGUCUGAUAUGUUUGAUUGUAAGAUGAUUUCAUGAAUAUUAAUGUGUCGCGCAUAA